AUGUCAAAAAAGAAAAAGUUGAAGGGGAAAAUGGUGGCGGCAUUGGCAACCUAUGCAUUUUUCUUUUUCGCCUUAUUUGGACGUCAAAAUCUCAUCCCAGAGAUGCAAGCUGGGAAGGAAAUCGAUCUCAUGAUACCUGUUUUCACAAUUGUGCAGUUCAUGUUCUUUGUUGGAUGGUUUAAGGUGGGACAAGAUUUGAUGCGUCCUUUUGGCUUGGACGAUGACGACAUUGAACUGAACUAUAUUUUGGAUCGAAAUAUCGCUACAUCAUUUUCGAUCGUCAAUCGUUUGCAAACAAUGGAUUGUCCAGAACUUGAAGACGACGCAUUUUGGAAGCGUAAAGAGGAACGGAUAGAUCCACUGCCGCAUACCAUAUAUAGCCGACAACUAACUGAACAUCGACCAAAACUGCAUUCAUAUGUCAGAAUUGGAGCGGAAGAUACAAAUUCCUUAGCCUCAUGUAUGGGAAUGGACAAGGAGAAGAAGCACAUCAACUGGUGA